GCACCGGCUCUUUUCUCUCUGCCUCUCCGGCUGGCUAAAGGCUAGCCCGCCGUGGUCGGGGAGAAACAAAAUAAACGGUGUGCGUGUUUCGUAAACAUUACCAUCAGCUUUUCGCAAUGUGUCACAAGGCCACAAUAAACCGACAGGCGUCUGGUCGAUGAGGCGGACGACGUCGUAGGAUCUGUUGCAUAACCUUGUUGUAUUUCAAGACGUGGACUUCGCUGAUCAGAACCCACAGACAACACAAGCAACCACCUCUGAUUCCUGGACCCGCUCCCCACCAGGAGCCAUUCUGAAUUCCACAACCAAAUGAAGCUAACCUCCACCCCAGAAGCAGCUCUCACAGAAGGCCUCCCCAGCGACAACGACCCCAGUGCAGUGUUCUGGGCUCCGGUAGCCCAUCCAUGCCUAUCAUCCCCAUCCCACGGCGGGUGCGCAGCUUCCAUGGCCCCCACACCACCUGCAUGCACUCGGCCUGCGGGUCAACGAACACUUCCAAGCUAGUGCGCACCAAAUACAACAACUUUGACCUCUACCUGCGCUCCCGCUGCAUGUACAGCUUCCUCCGCUUCCUGCUGUACUUCGGCUGCAGCCUGCUCACCUCUCUGCUCUGGGUGUCGCUCUCGGCCCUUUUCUUCCUGCAGUACAUCAGCGUGCGCGUGCUGCUGCGGCUGCAGUACAAGUUGUCGGUCAUGCUGCUGCUGUUAGGUCACCGCCGCCUGGACUUCGGCGUGCUGAACGACCUGAUCAUCUACAGUAUGCAGAUCACCAUGUUCCUGGUGGGGGGACUCGGCUGGUGCUUCAUGGUGUUUGUGGACAUGUAGCUAUGCCACCAGCAAAAAUCAAAUGUGAUUGUGUCGAUUAUGAUGUGAAUACUUGAUGCUGCAACUUCAGCAGAGUUCACUAUGUCCUAUAGUGCUUAUUUGGGGGAGGAAAAAAAACUUUGAAUAUGAACAAUUUAAAUUUAAGUUGGUUUUGUUUGAUCAAAAUGAAAUCUUUUAAGAAUGUGGAGUCAGUUGAGGCACUGAGUGAGCGUCUUAAAGAUCGUAGUGCUUUGCUCAUGUAAGUCCAAGUUAUUUUAAAAAAAAUUAUCUGGAUGCUAAAAAAAAAAAAUGAAGUCAGUCUGAACAUAAAAGUCAGACUUGAUCCAUAAAGGGAUCAGUCACAUUAAAGUCUUGUAUUUUUUAUUGUAUUUCAUGCUGUUUGUAAACUGUAUUGGGAAAAUUUCAAGAGGCAUCAUGUCAUGUUCAAAACGUGUUUACAACUAUGGAAAAUAUGAAUGUUCAUGUCAGUUUUGCACGGGAAAAGUGACACAUGGCCGGUGGUGUUUGCCGACUGUGAUGCAAGACAGACGCUGCUGCCAGUGUGAGUCAAGCUGAGCUCCAGAAGCAUACUCUGGUACCAGAUCGUUAACGUUUUGUAAAUUUUUGUUGUGCGUGAACACAACAGCAUGUAAAUAUAAAUAUACAACAGAAGUGAAGAUCAUAUACAGUAAGUUAUAGUUGACUUAAGUGACCAAAACAUGGGAGCUCCUCAAACAACAGUGUGCAUAAUGUAGCUUUGUGGCGGAAUAAGGGAUGAAAAGCAUUGUGUAGCCCAAGUGACAAACAUCUACAUUUUUGUAAAGUUAUUUAAUAAAUCCUUGGUUCAUGAAAUGAUCUGUGGCGUGAGAUGCAUGGGCAAGUGAAUGCGUUUACUGUGUAGUCUAACACCCAUGAUGCCGUGCCCCGAGCUGUGUCAUAAGAGUGUGUGACAGUUCAAAUUGAGAACAGCUUUGGGUCAAGUGUUCCAUCAGUCGCUCUUCACAUGGUUUCAGAGCUGCUCUGACAGACUUCUCUGUUUAGCUUCCUCCAGCACACAAACACCAACCACAGCAAGACCCUGCUGGUUCUGCCAAGCAUAACAAUGGAAAUGUCUGUGUCCCAAUCACCUUAUAUAGCCUCAUUUUCACAUGCCGUGAAGCAGGAAUUAAUGAGGGCACAACAAGCUAAAGCACUGAAAUAAGCCUUUUAAUGCUUCA